AUGGCAACUCCGGUACGGCGGUCGGCCCGUCUGAGAUCUACAACUCCAGCGAGCGAGGCCCAAAAGCAAGCUCCGAAGCCUUCUACCAAACUCAUCUCGGUUGCAGAACGCGAGGAAAGCCAGGACCUUAGCGAAGAAGCCAAGAAGCUCAUGGAGAAUAUUCGCGAAGACGCGUCCAGGAUUAAGGCGCAGAUGAUAAUUGAACAACACUCACAGGAAGGCAAAAAUACUGAGACUGAGCCAACGCUUGAGGUUAGAAAGAUUGCGAAAGCAAGAGGGAAAGCAGGCCGGUUCAGCAAUGCUCACAUGGCAGAAUUCAGAAAGAUGGAUUCGAUUACAGGACACCCUUCAUUAUUCAGGGCGCGCCAGGACAAGAUUCAUCCCUCACCAGUCAAAUCAUCUCUCAAGAGAACCAGCUCCAAAGCUUGCCUUGAUGAGACAUCUUCUCCUGAGAAAUCGGGGACUGUCUUCACGUCUCCUGGAAAGACAAUGUCAAAUAAUCCAGUCAAGCGUUCGAAGUCUUCUGGCGUCGCCAGCACACCGGCUCGUGUGCCUUUACCCAAAGCCUCACUUGAACCCAAACCAGGACAACAUGGUCCGCGGUUUUUAAUUACCCCUAAGAAGCCAAUGAUUGCCCGGGCGUCAAGUGCGAAGCAAAUCAACACUACCAAAAUUCCGAGCUUUCCCCGCUCCCCGUCAACCAAGUCAAUUGUCACCCCACGAACUCCUCAAACAGAGUUUAAUCCCAAAUUGAAAACCGGACUACCAAGUCUUACCAACCUGAAAUCAAUUCUCAGGCAACGUCAACCCCUUUUCUCCACCGACCCUGUUAAGAUUGCUGCAGGUACCCAUGUUGCGCCGCCCACCAGUAAAGUUUCAAAUAUUACUUCUGAAAACAAAAGAAGCCCUACAAUCAGAGCAGUGAGGACAUCUGAAGUUCAAUAUCAUUGCCCGUCCCUUCCAAACCACACAAUCAUUCCCCACGGUAUUAUAAACAAAAAAAGGCGACGCGAUGAAAACGAUGACGAGAAUAUUGAAAACAAAUUUUUGGAGAGCUCGAAGGAAGAUGAGCGGAGUCAAAAGAGGCUGAAGCCUAACCCUACUGUCGUCACAAACGUUCAUACACCAAGCCCGGUCAAGAACAGUCCAAUGCGACGCGUGGCCCAGGGAACCGGAUCCCACAGUCGAUUAACUCAGAAAAAUAGAGGCGUCUUAACCAUGAGCCGCCUGAAUAUGCUUUCGAAACCGAAAGCAAGACGCUAG